UACAAACAGAAGUAGUAGUCAAAUCAUGCAUUUUUUCAAUUUAAUUGUAUUGAUAAUAAUUAUGAAAUUCUUUCAAUUAACAAAUACCAUUGACCUAGAUCCCUUGGGAUACAUUCUAUAUUGCCCAUGCAUGGGCCGGUUUGGAAACCAAGCAGACCACUUUCUUGGGGCACUAGGCUUUGCUCAUGGUUUGAACAGAACUCUAGCCCUUCCUGCUUGGGUUGAAUAUCGAUAUGGAGAGCCCAAGUCCAUUCAAGUGCCAUUUGACUUAUACUUCAAAGUGGAACCUCUACAGAAAUACCUGAAAGUCAUCACAAUGGAGAAGUUCAUGAAAGAUAUUGCUCCUGUUGAGUGGCCAGUGGAGCAAAGAACAGCUUUUUGUUAUAUGACAAGAGGUACUGGUGGUAGUUGUAAUGCAAAAGAGGGGAAUCCUUUUGGAUCAUUCUGGGAUACCUAUGGAGUGGAUUUCACUGGAUCUGAGUUCUAUGGACCUCUACAUUAUGAUGUAUAUCACCAGGAUAUGGCUAAACAGUGGAAGGAGAAGUUUCCACCAACUAAAUGGCCUGUAUUAGCAUUCACAGGAGCACCAGCUAGCUUUCCAGUUCAACAGGAAAACUGCCAUCUCCAAAAAUACCUCCACUGGUCAGAUGCUAUUGAUUCAGAGGCUAACAACUUCAUCUUGAAUGUCCUUCCAAAGGGUGCUUUCAUUGGGAUUCACUUGCGCAAUGGCAUAGACUGGGUGAAGGCAUGUCAACACAUCCCUGAGAGCCCUAGCUUGUUCUCUGCAGCACAAUGUGUGGGGUAUAGAAAUGAAAAGGGUAAAGCCACAAAUGAUAUGUGCCUCCCAAGCCAAGAGACUAUUAUAAGGCAGCUGAAAAGGGUUAUAAAAAAUAUCAAUAAUGCUCCUAAUAAUAACAAUGAUAGAACCAUAAAGUCUGUAUUUGUUGCUUCUGAUAACAAUCAUAUGGUGGAGGAAUUACGUUCUGCAUUGAAGAGAAUGAGAGUAUUAGUUUACAAAUAUCCAAAGUCCAAUCCACAUGUUGAUUUGGCGAUUCUAGGGAAAUCUAAUCAUUUUAUAGGUAACUGUAUUUCUUCCUUUAGUGCUUUUGUUAAAAGAGAAAGAGAUGUCAAAGGGUUUACAUCUUCAUUUUGGGCUUUUCCACCUCAGAGAAGUAGUAAAAAUAAUAAUACAAGUCAUGAUGAGCUGUGAGAGAAUUGAAGUCUGAUAUUUAUCAUGAACAAAAGUUAGGAUGACAAGAUCAGUUAGAAGUCCAUAUUAACUCAAAAGUAAAUAGUUCAUCAUUAGCAGUAGUUCAGGUUUCAAAAUUUUUAUCAAUUCCACAAUUUUCCCAAUUUACUCACCUGCCAGCUGUGACUUUACCUAUUGCUAUUGUAUGGUGGAUAUACAAUAUGAUGGACUAUGUAUAGUCCAAGACAAGUCAGGUAAUCUUCUCAGUAUUAAAAGUUGUGGAUCCCGCUUAAUAUAUCUUUGUUUUUGGAAAUGAAAAUACCAUAUGUAUGGACAUAAAUGCAUUAUGUUUUUUUUGAGCAGAUGCCCAAAUACAUUAUUUUCAGUUCCAACAGUUGAAAAAAAAUGUCCCUUCUUAUAUACAGGUUAUGGUAUAGAAAGACCAAUUGAGUGUUUUUUUCAAUUCAAUGGUAUGUGUAUUCAUUGUGACUAAAGAAUAUUGAAACUUAACCAACAUUGUGAAAC